AUGACGCUGCUUGAGGCUGCACCUGAAUCGAGGUCGGCGAGACUGAUCGACAUCCGUGCUUUGCUGGAUGCAUUGGCCACGGAUCACUGCAAUGCCUGUAUGGGCAAGGGGCCUGCGCCCGACUUCUCGGCAGUUCCGGGGAUCUUGAAGGAGGUCGCUGACAUGUAUGACCAGCUGUCACUACCGGACCGUCUGAAGGCUGAUAUGAUGGUUGGCUGUGGCUGGCACAUGCUGAACGAGGAAGACAAAGCUUUGGAGCCCUUGAUGCGGGUCGUGCACUCCACCGCAGGCCUGGAGGCUGGGGACCAGAUCUCUGCCAUCCUGGUGGCCAUGCAGCUCCUUCGGAAGAAAAGCCGCUGGGGCCAGAUCGUGCAAGCAGGUGACAAGGCCUUCGAGGUUGCCGGUGGGAAAUGGGUGGCUUGCUCGGAUGUUCUGCUUCGCGUCAUAGCGACAACUUCCAGCAAGAGCAUGAUUUGCGCACCGGAGAUGGUCGGCAUUCUGCUCAUGGUUGCCUCCGGUGUGUCCGUGACGUGUGAAAUGGUUACCAGUAAAAUCAUUGAGAAUAUGCAUUGGCCGUACUGGUGCCUUCUGGCAGCCUGCUGCACUGGGGCAGCUUUGGCGAACGGGACGUACCUAUGCUGGGCAGGUAUCGGUUGCCCGAAGAAGCAAGACAUCAAGUGGGUGGUCGCAAGGGCACUGUUCGAGAAUUUGCACUGGAUGUUAGCCAUCUGGGCAGUACUAGUUGGAGCGGCCCCGGGAGACGUGGCAGCAUUGACCAGCAUUGACAUCAUGGCUGCAGCUUUCCUGGGCCUGAUAUUCCUAGGUGAAAGUGUGACCAUUCUCCAUUUCGUGGCCCUUGUUGUUUCACUUACUGGAGCUGUUUGCAUCUCUCAGCCACAGUUCAUAUUCGGAGCUUCGGAACAGACAGAGCAGUCCCCUCUUGGGUAUUGCAUGGCUUUGCUAUCCGGAUGUUUCCAAGCCGGUGCGUUUGUUUGUGCAAGGAAGUCGAAAGACAUCCCAGUCUCUGUGCUCACAAUUGUCUCUCUGUUGUUUGCGGUGCUGUUGGCCUUUGUGCCACCACUUUUGGGCCUCAGUUCUUCUGCACACGAUGCUCUCCAAACUAUCCAGGAGGAACCGUGGCAUGCUUUGGGGCUUCUCGCUAUUCUGACCAUAUGGUGCGUGUUCUCAAUUGUGCUUCCUGCAGCAGGUGCCACAAGAUGUCCAGCUGCCGUCAGCGCGACCGUUUUCACAUCCUCGAGUAUGAUCUCCGGAUACAUAGCACAGACAACGAUUUUCAACGACGCACCGACGCCUCUGAAGCUGCUUGGUGCAGGGUUCAUGCUGUCAAGUGUGGUGAUGAUGGCGGUCCGAUGCCGCGACCACGACACAGCCGAAGAGCGCGAGGCAUCCCGCGCGGAAGAGCACAAUCCUGCAUCGACGGCAGACGAGACAGACAGCCUUGGCUCCUUCGUCGCCUCCGAGGUGUCUUUCGGGAAGUCUGGUCGACUCCGACGCAGAGGCACCGUGUACAGCAAUACGCCGACGCCACAGCGGCUCGGAUCCUGUCUGCCCAUAUUUGCCGUCUCUUCUGCCUGA